UGCUCAGCCGUACAACCGUUAGAAUUCCCUCUGCUCACACUUCAUUCAUCCGAGUAGAGAUCAGAACACGACGAGAGCGAUCAAACUCCUUUCAGACCCAAUCACCUCGAUACCGAAACCCAUACCGACAUCGCAAAACGAGGGUCCUUUAUCCUUCAUCACCUCAAGAUGGAGCACGAGGAUCUCGGGCUCAAGGUCAACAACGGGGAGGUCGAGGUCAAGAUCGAACACGGGGGUCUUGAGGUCAAGGUUGAGAACGGGGAAGCCGAGGUCAAUGUCGAGAGUAUGGAGGUCGAGGUCAAGGUCGAGGACGGGGGGUUCGACGUCGAGAUCGAGAACGAGGAGAUUCAGGCUAAGAUCGAGGACGGGGAGACGGAUGAGGAAGAUGUGCAGUUCGAGACGGAAGCCACGGGCUCGAACAAGAAGAAGUGGAGAAAUAAAUCGAAGAUCCAUGUCGAGAAAAGGGAGAGACGUCAGGAAGGGUUGAAAAAGGCUGUGGCGAAACAGAAGAUCAAGGCGAAGCGAACGGAGAUCAAGGCGAAGCGAACGGAGAUCAAGGCGACCAAGCCUAAGAUUGAGCCUCCAGCUCCCAUACCCGGUCGAUUAUCGAAGUCCCAGGCAGCUAAACAGCUGUCAUCGCUUGCCCGAGACCUUGGUCUCUCAACCAAGGAUGUCAACACGAACCUCCCAAGGGAGGGAGCGUUUGCCAUUCAUCAAGUGUGCGGAGGAGGGAGUCUCUUGGAUGCAAUCAGUUCGGAGGAGGAUAAGAGCAAACUUGACGCCGUGAUGCUCGAGUGGGAAACGCAAAAUCGACAGCGAGAACUUCUGGAUAGGGUCGGGAUCGAGCUAGCAUGUGCGUGGCUGUUGAAGCAGUACCGGACCGCUGGAAGCAUCGUCGACACCCCCGAUCUCCAGAGUGACGAGCUCGCGUCCAUGCGUCACAGGCUGGAGCUCGCUCUGCAAAGCCUAUCGGCAGACGGGAAAUAG